AUGACCGUUCAAACGCUUGCCAUUACCGUGGUCACGGUCGUUUACCUUAUCAUCAGGUAUCUGAAUCGCACCGACGUCCCCAAGAUCAAGGGCCUACCGGAGAUCCCCGGUGUGCCCCUCUUCGGUAACCUGCUUCAACUUGGAGACCAACAUGCGACCGUCACUGGAAAAUGGGCAAAGAAGUUCGGCCCGGUCUUCCAAGUGCGCAUGGGGAACAAGCGAAUUGUUUUUGCUAACAGCUUCGAAUCUGUGCGCCAACUCUGGAUCAAAGACUCAUCAGCUCUCAUCUCGCGCCCGACCUUCCACACUUUCCACAGCGUUGUGUCUAGCUCCCAGGGCUUCACCAUCGGGACUUCCCCGUGGGAUGAAUCUUGCAAGCGUCGUCGGAAGGCCGCAGCGACAGCGUUGAAUCGCCCUGCCGUGCAGUCAUACAUGCCGAUCAUUGAUCUUGAAGCCAACUCAAGCAUCAAGGAACUGUACCGCGAUAGCAAGAAUGGCACUGUCGACAUCAAUCCCACCGCCUACUUCCAGCGAUUUGCGCUCAAUACCAGUCUGACCCUGAACUAUGGCUUCCGCAUUGAAGGAAACGUGGAUGAUCAGCUUCUGAAAGAGAUCGUUGAUGUUGAGCGCGGGGUGUCCAAUUUCCGUAGCACCUCCAACAACUGGCAAGACUAUAUUCCGCUAUUGCGCAUCUUCCCCAAGAUGAACAACGAAGCACAAGAAUUCCGGGCCCGCCGCACGGACAAGCCGUGUAUCACAGGAAACAUUCUCAAAGACCCCGAGGCAAAGCUAAAUGAUGCGGAGGUGAAAUCGAUCUGUUUGACUAUGGUCUCCGCAGGCUUAGACACAGUCCCCGGAAAUCUGAUUAUGGGCAUUGCAUACCUCGCAUCCGAAGAUGGUCAACGAAUUCAGAAGAAGGCCUACGAAGAAAUUAUGAAAAUUUAUCCAGACGGAGAUGCCUGGGAGAAAUGCUUGGUUGAGGAGAAGGUCCCUUAUGUCACGGCCCUGGUCAAGGAAAUUUUGCGAUUCUGGACAGUCAUUCCAAUCUGUCUACCCCGAGAAAGCACCAAGGACAUCGUGUGGAAUGGAGCGACUAUACCGGCCGGUACAACGUUUUUCAUGAAUGCUUGGGCGGCGGAUUACGAUGAAGAUCACUUUAAGGAUGCAACAAAGUUUAUUCCUGAGCGCUAUCUCGAUCUUGGCGAAGCCCCUGGUACUCCUCACUAUGGUUAUGGCGCUGGAUCUCGCAUGUGUGCUGGUUCACAUCUCGCAAAUCGGGAGCUGUUUACAGCGUUUGUGCGUCUGAUCACCGCUUUUCACAUGCAUCCAUCAAAGCAGACGAUUGAUCGACCUGUACUCAAUGCAAUCGACUGCAAUGCCAUUGCGACAGCUCUAACCACAGAGCCGAAGCCGUUUAAGGUGGGCUUCACAGCACGCGAUCCGAAGAAAUUGGAGCAGUGGAUUGCCGAGAGCGACGAACGAACAAAGGAUCUGUGA